AUGGUUUUAGUACAUUCUCCUAACACUAGUUCUACUACUAAUUCUGACGUUGCCAUUAGAGCUUCCACUUUAAAGGGCGCCGACGUGGAUAUGGAUCGUAUAAAUAAUGAAUACGGAGACAUGAAAUACGAAUUUUGUAAAUUCACAAUGGCCGCCUGUACGGUUGAACAGGCAAAGUAUAAGAACUGCGGAGCGGACUCUAAAGCCUGCAAUUGGGCAGAAAAUAACAUAGCAAAACCAAUCGUUGAAGGAACAUGUGAUGUGUUUAGUAAACACUGCAGGGAGAAAUUAGAUGAUACAUUAAAUGCAUUAUAUAAUGCCGGAGCAUUGACAUCCGAUGUGGAUCUCACAGCCCAAAUAGAUAAGAAAAUUAAGGCUUUAAACUCACUAAAACAUAAUGUAUUAACUGUAAGUUCAAGUGCCAAUGCAGGCAGCCACAAAGCAAUAGAAGCAAGGAAAGAGACACCAAAACCAUCAGAAAAGGCCAAAAAGGAGGCCAAGGACGAAGAACUAGAGGAUGAAGAAGCAACUAUGCGCAACUCAAUGAUCGAACAACUGAGCAAUGCAGCCAAGACUCUAGGCCUAUCUAACGAAAGAAAGAUCGAUUAUCAUAAGGUAAAGAGGAGGUUUACGAUGUUGGCAAGGGAAGCACACCCAGAUAAGAACGAUGGAACCGACGUCGGCUUUGAGUCAAUAUUGGAAGCAUACAGGACUCUGGAUUACUAUUUCAAUGUAACAUUAGCUGGUAAAAAUAGCCAUGAGUGUUUCUUACAAUCUACCAAGGCUGCAACAACCCACGAGACUACGGAUAAAGAACACAAAUCACAAAGCAAAGAGCAUGAUUUAACACCAGAUGGUGACGGUGACUGUGACUGUAUGCAUCAACAUGAGAUGGUAGAUGUAACAUCAAACAAACUCAGCCACACUGGGAACCACCGCAAACACAGAAAAGGAAACGAGCUAGGCAAAAUAUGCAAAUUCCACCACGUGGAUACACACUCUCCCAGGUUCUACUCGAACAUAUCCAGGGACGACUGCGAGGUCUUUGGAAACGUGGUAUACAUCCCGUGUCGCUGCGGGCAAGUAGUAACAGUCCCGCCAGAGGCAGCGGCACUCGGAAUAACCACAUACGAUUGUGACGACUGUUCAUGUUCGUACGUAGUAACAGACGUCAGAUAG